AUGAAGCCCCUACUCUUAUCUCUCUUAACCCUCCCUACCUUAGCCUACACCCCCCUCUCCGACCACGCUCUCACCCUCCUCCCCCCUUUCAAAAACACCCCCAGAGACCCCGACCCCGAUUUCGACCCUCUCGCCUCCGCCCUCCUUUCCCCCAUCCUCCGUCCCCGCGUGCCCGGCACGCCAGGCCAUGCCGCCGUUCAGCACCAUUUCGUCUCCUGGGUGCAAAAGAACCUGCAUCCCAGCUGGCGCAUCGAAUGGCACAACACGACCGCCGAGACGCCGAUCCAUGGGAAGGGAGUCAGAGUGCCGUUUGCGAAUCUGGUCCUGAGGAGGGAUCCUCCCUGGGUGAAGCCCUAUCUGCCAGGAAUAAUUACCCCAGAGCAAUAUGGGGGGAGCGAAGCGGUAAAGGGGAAGAGGCUGAAGAGUGAAGGGGAUGUUGCUCGGUUGACGCUGGCAGCGCAUUAUGAUAGUCUCUAUAAGCCGGAGGGGUUCAUCGGGGCGAUUGAUAGCGCUGUGCCGUGUGCCCUGGUGUUGUAUGCCGCGAAGGCGGUCGACGAGGCGUUGACGAGGAAGUGGGAGGCCAUGGCGAGGGUAAGGGAACAGAGGGCAGCUGAAGGAUGGGACGGUCUUGAGGAUGAGGAUGAUGAUUACGAAGAGGAGGAGAAGGGGCUGCAGAUUAUUUUGUUUGAUGGGGAGGAGGCGUGGUUGAAAUGGAGCGCUGAGGAUAGCCUUUACGGAUCACGAGCCCUCGCCUCAACCUGGUCCUCCCUCCCCUAUCCCUCCGGCUCUAAAUAUCCAACCCCCCUCUCUUCCAUCUCCCUUCUCCUCCUUCUCGACCUUCUCGGCUCCCCCUCCCCCACCAUCCCCUCCUACUUCCUCCACUCCCACGUGCAUUACCUUUCCCUCUCCAACUUAGAAUCCCGCCUUCGCAAGCUAAACCUCCUCGAAUCCUCCCCCCGAACCCCCUUCCUCCCUGACCGGGACCGUGACCCGAGGGUAGUAAGAGGUUAUGUGGAGGACGACCAUAUGCCUUUCCUUAAGAGGGGGUGA